AAUAACUGGACUUUUUUUUUUUUCUUCAGUCUACUUCCUACUUCUUUGCUCUCUCUUUCUGCCCUGAAGCGGCAGGCAUAAGGAUCGGUGCAGGCAAAAUCCCCCAGAGCCUACUGCCGGAUAGCUCUGUAAGGACUGCUUCGUUCCACAAUACCUGGGCGCCUGUCCCUUCUCCGAAAUGGCAGGCGUGAGCGGCUGUUUAAAAUAUUCUAUGUUUUUCUUCAACUUCUUGUUCUGGAUAUGUGGUACAUUGAUCCUAGCACUAUCGAUAUGGGUACGAGUGAGCAAGGAUGGCAAAGAGAUCAUCUCUGCUGGAGACUCUGGCACGAACCCCUACAUUGCUGUGAACAUCUUGAUCGCGGUGGGGGCCAUCAUCAUGGUUCUGGGCUUCCUGGGCUGCUGUGGUGCUGUGAAAGAAAGCCGCUGCAUGCUUCUCUUGUUUUUCAUCGGCUUGCUCCUGAUUCUGCUCUUGCAGCUGGCAGCAGGUAUCCUGGGAGCUGCUUUCAAAUCUGAGUCUAGCCGCCUUCUGAAUGAAACGCUCUAUGACAAUGCAAAACUCUUGUCUCAAACGACUCCUGAGGCAAAAGAAUUCCAGCAGGCCAUGAUUGCACUUCAAGAAGAGCUUAAAUGUUGUGGCUUGGUCGAGGGAGCUGAAGAUUGGGGAAAUAAUUUUAAUGACGCUCUAGAGUCAUGUAAAUGUCCAGAUUCGCCAGAUUCUCAGUGUAAUAGUUAUGCGGGAACUAAUGUGAACAGACAGACCUGCCUUUCUCUGAUAAAAGAUAUGGUUGAGAAGAACAUUAUCAUUGUCAUUGGAAUCGCUUUUGGACUGGCGGUUAUCGAGAUUCUUGGUUUGGUGUUUUCUAUGGUGCUGUACUGCCAGAUCGGGAGCAAAUGAAUCAACAGAUUUACCAAGUUAUCAUCAACACCAUUUAAGUUUUUUUGCUUUGGCUUUGUAACUUUGAAUAAGUGAGUACUGUAAAUAUCAGGAGCAAAUGCCUUAUUAAAAUGUCUUGCCUAGAUACACUACAGAUAUCUUCACAUGUGUUCAGCAUAUUUAAAUGUGAGGGACAUAAGAAAAAAUGGAUGUGUAAUUUUUUUUUUCUCAAAAUAAAAACAGUGUUUACGUUGAUGCUUUUUUGGUGUCUGGUCAUUGUGUUCAGGUGGCUCUGUGCUCCUGGUGACGUUCAUCUGGAUCCGGCCACUGGAAUAACUUCAUUUCUAAGUGACAAGAGAAUAGUAGGGCAGUGAAUCUGGGAUUUUUCAAAAACACUGAUUUUUUUUAAAUAUCUGUUUCAUCAGGGAUAUCAAUGACUGAUAAUGAGAUUGCCUAAAGUUGAAAUGCUUAAGAAUAAUCUAGCUGUGCAAAUCACCAUCUUUUUUAUCUUUAUGGUGUCUGUGUUUUGCUUCAAAUGUACUAUAAGCACUGGCCCCGCCCCCCAAAAAGAGUGCCUAUAUCUCACUCAGCCUUAGAGCCCAUGGUACCUGGUGCCACUCUGGAUCUUCCUAUGGGACACAACAGUUCAAACAACGUUUUCUUUCUAGUUCAUGGAAAUGCACUUUUAAUUUUACGUUCUACUGAAAUGUAACACGCAGCAAAAUGAAUAACUCUUCAGUGUGGAACUCUGGGGUUGUGCAUGUAGGACUGUGUGAGGACUGUCCAAUGACGGUAUUCUCAACACACCACAUUGCUCCCGAAUGCACUCCCAAUUCUAUUAGCCAGAGCAUUCACAUUCACAUUUGUGUCUCUCUGCAUGUCUAUUUACUAAGGUCUGCUGGAGCUUACAGUCCACCACACUGGGGAUAUUUGCACCCUGGACACUGGAAACUGCCGUGUCAGGGCUUUUAGUUUGAAUGGUUAUAGAAACAUGUAUCCGUUCACUGACUCACUUAGUGUUUCCUUAACGAUAACCUUUUUCUGACUCCUGUGUCCAUAGAUCAAUUUUCCUGCUCUUAAACUUCCUUUUAGUAGAAUAAGAAGCUGUGCGUUCUGACUUUCUUUCAUGGCUCUUUGUCUGUGGGAUCUAUAUUGUUGCAUGUAGGUGUACCUUAUUCUCAUUUCUAUGUAAUAGUUCAUUGUGUAUGGAUGUACUACG